UAUUUGUCAUUUUCACGACAAUUCCAAAUUAAUAUUAAGUUGGUUUAUAUUCAAUUGUUUGACAUAUAUCUUUCUUUGCACAUGACGAUCCUUAUUGGGAGACACAAUUCAUUUUUAUUUUAUUAUUUUUAAUUUCUAAUGUAAUGUUUGACGAUCAUGAUGAGAAGAUUAACAUACUUUUGACGAAUGUAGCAAAUUUAUAGUGUAAUUUUCAUCGUGAAAUAAAGAAAUCUAAAUCUAAGCUUAAACAGCUGGUCACCACAAACAGCACCCGUUCACGAGUAUGACGCGUAUCGCAGCCAUCGCCUCCCUCUUUCUCUAUUUAUUUAUCUCAUAGUGUAUUGUGUGAAUUCAUGGCAGAAGCAUGGGCGCGCACGCGUGCGAGAUCUGCCUGGUGCGCUUCAAGCGCCAAUCUCGACGGCAGGAGCACCAGGACCUGCACCGACUGAAGUUCCUCUGCAAGGAGUGCAGCUUCGUAUCUAGGAAUAGAUAUCAAGCGAAGAAGCAUUUCGAGUGGCACUCCGGCAAGAUCCAUGUGUGCAAACACUUGCGGGGCCAGCUUCACCAAAAGCUCAACAUACUUGUCGCACGUGCGUCUGCAGCAUCCUGCGAUGAAUGUGGCAUGCGACGUGUGCGGCGAGACUUUUGUGGGGCGACUGGGACUGUUGCAACACAAGUCAAGGGCACACCAGGCGGGGUGCCGCUGCGCGCGGUGCGGCGCGCAGUUCGGCGGCGCGGAGGCGCUGGCGCGGCACGAGCCCUGCGACCCACAUGCCAGGCCGUGUCUAGUGUGCGGCGAGACGUUGUCCACACAAGAAGAAUUACAAGCGCACGUCGACGAACGACACAGCACGGACCAGUUCAAAUGCGUACAGUGUGACAAAACCUUCGCAGCUCGAAAUCCUACGAAGUGCAUCAUCAACGAGUGCAUCUGAACGUGCGGUGGCGAAAGUCGCGCGACAAGCGAGCGCGACGCACUCACACCGACCCGCCCAAGCGCAAGGA